AUGUUCCGGCACACUUCCCGCCGCCUCGCCACAGCCUCUUCCCUCGGCUCCACCACCUCCUCCCCUCUCCGGACCGCUCCCCUCGCACUCCUCCCCCCCAUCCCCCUCUACCGCCGUCUCCUCCGCGCCCAUCGCAAAUACCUGCCGCAGGAGAUGCGUCUUCUGGGAGACGAAUACAUCAAGGCCGAGUUUCGCGCUCACCGGGAUACGGACAACCCGGUGCAUAUCGUCGGGUUUCUGACGGAAUGGCAGUUGUAUGCGCAGAAAGUGGAGGGGAACAAUUGGAGGGGGGACAAGAUGGAGGAAGGGAAGGUGGGUAAGAUGAGUGAUGAGCAGAUUGGGCAGAUGUAUGAGCUUAUGCUGGCUAUUCGUCAGCAGGAGUUGGAGGAGAAUGAUCCCGAGUACAAGCCCCAUACGCCGCCUCCGCCGCCGGAGAAGGAGUGA